AUUCACCUUUGACCCUGUAACCUGAUCCCCAGGAGUGCUUCAGAAGCCAGUCUACACAGACUGUCGACUUUUCGUCUUAAUGCUUCCACGGAUUAAGAAGUUCCAGCCUAAACUGACACCCCACGAUGGUCAGGAUCUAGCAGAAGACAUUCCGGAGCUUUUCUUAGAGUAGAGGCGCCGUAAAGGCUCGGAGCACCGCGGUUUUGUGACCUUCGCGACGACCUGCUCCAUGGAAGCAACCCGCGAUCGUCCGUCUUUUGUUGUGUUUUGUAUACAUUUAAAUUUAUCACCUGCGAAGAGUUGCUAGUUCUCUCGUAAAGCUCCAAAAUUCCGUCCUUUUAAACUUUUCGAUACAAUCAGCAUACAUGCUAUGAUUUCUCAACUUAUGGAAAUUUUGAUGUGAUGACUACAAAGAAGUAGAAAUCGUCAAGAAAGUUUUGUGGAAAGUCCUGUCAAACAAGUUGUCAGCACAUCAGAUUCAAAGCUGCCUCUGUAAGACGUCCAAGAUGCCUCUGCCGAAGGAGAUGCCAAGAAGCUUACAGAAAAGCCCCAAGAAACCCAAGGACAAGGAGGAGAUCAGAGUGGUGCUGAACAGAUAUGUAGUCGAGAAGAAACUUGGCAGUGGGAAUUUUGGAACUGCUUAUCUGGUGAGAGACAUGAAGACCAAGACUGCAGACGGAGAAUGGAAAGUCCUGAAGGAGAUCUCAGUCGGUGACCUAGCUCCAGAUGAGACAGUCGGUGCCAUGCAUGAAGCCAAGCUCCUGUCCAAACUGGAACAUCCCGGCAUCGUCAAGUUCCACGACAGCUUCCUGGAGAAGGAGAACUUCUGUAUCGUCACAGAGUUCUGCGAGGGAGGAGACUUGGACAAUGUGUCCUCAGAGUACCGUAAGCGGAACACCACCCCUGCACCUGAGCAGGUGAUGGAGUGGUUCAUACAGCUGCUACUGGCUGUACAACACAUGCACGAGCGCAAGGUGCUACACAGGGACCUCAAGGCAAAGAAUAUCUUCAUGAAGAACAAUGUGAUAAAGGUUGGAGACUUUGGAAUCUCCCGAAUCCUGAUGGGGACAUCAGACAUGGCAACCACCUUCACCGGGACCCCCUACUACAUGAGUCCUGAGGUGCUGAAACACGAGGGGUACAACUCCAAAUCUGACAUCUGGUCUAUAGGCUGUAUCCUGUACGAACUGUGCUGUUUGAAGCAUGCAUUCGAAGGCCAGAGUCUGAUGGCAGUUAUGUACAAGAUUGUGGAGGGGAAGACACCAUCUCUGCCAGACACGUACCCCAAGGAACUCAAUGAUAUACUAGCUAGAAUCCUGAUGAAAGAUCCCGCCAAACGCCCUUCUGCUGCUGACCUGCUGACUACACCUUACAUUGCCAAGCAAAUAGAGGCUCUGAAGAUUAAAAUGUCUGACAUGAAGAUCACAGUGUCUGUGAACAAAAUGCAUGCCCAGGCUGAGGCACAGGACAUCAAACAAGCUCUGUUAGAGAAGCAGAAGCUGGGAGACAUGAGGAGAGAACAGGAGAUGCACCUGACUCCUCGGGAGAGGAUGAGGAUCAGGAAACAGCAGAAGGCAGAGGAGGAGGCCAGGAGACUCAAGGUGGCAGCCUUUGUGCAGUACAAUGAAAACCAACGUCGGCAGUCGGAGACCAGACAUUCCCAAUUUCGGAGCAGUAUAGACGUUACCAAGGCCGGUCCCCCGCCUACAAGUCAGACGGCCUGGAGUUCAGUAUCUGGGAUACACCAACACAACCUGUACAACAUUCCCAACCUGAGUGUUCUUCACGAGCACACCCGGGAACAGCCCCUACAGAACGAGUCCCUGUACCUCACCGCAGACGAGCAUCCCCCCGUCAGACCAAUCACAUCGUUCGAACCCUCCCACAGAGACUUUGACGAGCAGCCCAUUCCUACAUUAGCUAAUAAAGGAAACAAGGAGAAGGCACCGUAUCAAAGGUCGUUUUCCGACGACGGACCGCGGUUGAGGUCCAGCUCAACAGGCCAGCUGGAGGAAAAGGCUGCUGCAGGGAGGAAUGCCAAGAGCAAGUUAAGGUCACGGUCAGAUUCAGGGGACGACAAGCUGAGGUCGAGUUCAGAUUCAGGGACAAGUUCCAGUGGUGCCACCGAUAGUCCACGGAGGGAUAUGCUAGAGAUUGCAGAUGAUGAUAUCCCAGAGGAUCCACGGAUGGCUGAGACCUUCUACACUCUGCAUGAGGACUUUGAGUCUUCAGGAAGUUCUGUGGAGGAGGACCUUUCCUAUGGUAGUGAUGGGGAGUUUGAUGGAGAGGAUGACUUUGGUGCCUUAGCCAAUUACAUGCAGAGUGCCUUGGACCUGACUGCUGCAGACAACACCACAGUGUCUGAUGACACAGUAUCGGAUGCCUUUGGACCAGCUGUAAGGGACACCAAGAUCAGGAACAUGAGAACGCAAUGUGAGAAAGCUCUAGGAAAAGACACCUUCCGAAAGGUCUACAGGUACCUGAAGGACACCCGCUUUGGUGGCAAUAACGAGACGAUAGACGAGGUGGACUUGAUGAACGGACUGCGGAAGUACGUGACCAAUCCCAGCGACUGUUUCAUCGUGGACCAACUCCUCUUCCUAGAAGAACAAGCCAAGAUUGGCCAGGCAUGACGGAGGACUGCUCACUAGAUGUGUAGCUCUUCUAGAGGUUGUUCAGCUUCAGGAUGGACCAAGUCAUGGGAUGUAUACACUGCCAUAUGUGGCUAGAUGGGUGAAUUAGAUAUCUGAGAAGUGCUGGUAUGAACCAGGGUCUCUUUUUAAAGAAUAUGAAGAAGGAAUAGCAAGCUUUUAAACAUGAAUAUGAUGCAAAUAAUGUUCAUUUUGCAUAACCUUUUCUCUAAGUGUCACAUGGGAUUGUAUAGUUGUCUUGUUUUGUUUAUUUCAUGGUGAAUUGGACAAUGGCCAGCCUCCAUGCUAGACUGAUUAUACUCAAGAUACUUAUGUCAAUUUUUGACCAAACGACUGUUUUUUUUAUCUUCUUUUAAAUCAAAUAUCCAUUGUAUUUCUAGGACCUUUUAUAGAGACUAAAAAUGCCUGCCAGCUAAUUUUUUUAUCCGUGCCAGCAGUGUGGUCAAGGUGGUCCAUAUUUUGUUUUAUGGUAGUUGAUUACUGUACUGAUUUUAUCUGUUUGCAUAUUUUUGUGACAAAUCUAAGAUUCAGAAUUGAAAUUACAUCCAGAUUUAUUUUUUUCACUAAGCCUAUGUCAUAGUAUGUCUGCAUUUACAUUGCCAUUGAUAUAAGAAGAAACAUUCCUCCAAAAUUCUGGAACAGGAUGAAAGUACUACAGUAGCGAAGUAAUACUGUAAAUCUUCAUUAUCUACAAGAAGUGAAGAAAAAUGGUUGUUUUAUCUUUAUUGCAUCAGUGUAGGUGUAAUCAAAAUGUAAGGGAACAAGACAAAAAUGUAUAUUAUUAUAUGAUUAUCAUCUUCUCACUAUCACUCCGUCCACAUUCAAACAUAAAUCUGGUACUUUACAUACCAACGUAAAGUAGAUAACCAAAUAAAUGCUACUGUCAACACCCAAGAUAGGACACAGAAUCUGGUGUAUCAGAGUAUUUUUACUAUGAUUAAUUCUGUCAUUACAUCAAUUAGACAUCCAUGUAAUAAUAUGCGCAAUAUACUGUAAUAGUUUGUAAUACUCAAGCAAAUGGAUAGAUGUUUCAGGUAGCAUCUACUACCUUUCUUCAAUUACUGAAUGAGUACAUGAAAAGCUACCCUGGAAAGCCAAACUAAAACUACGCAAAAAGGGUUCACUAGCAAUCCCCGCCACACUCAUCCCUGCAAUUUACAGCCGCCCAACAAUCCAGCUGGCCCCAACUAUCGCUUGCCUCUAAGUGAGAGGUUAGUGGGUUAGUCGUGGGCACGCAUGUGGCAGGAUUGGUAACCCUUUCCUCGCGGAGUCUGGUUUUCCCAGGGUAAUAAAAAGCACAAUGUUGCUCAUUGUAGAGUAUUGCAGCUUCUCAGCUGAAGUGUUUCAUGUACAAUGUACAGGAUGCCCUUUAUAAAGAAUGCCAUAAUGAUUGUGAUUGUCAUUGUGGAGACAGAGGUGUCAAGAGGACUGCACAGUGCUGCUUUUACACCUUGUGCCUUACUUUCCAUCACAUUGUGCCUCUUUCUGAAUAAAUUGCACCAUAAGUGCUUUGAUAUUAACUGCUACUGUAAUAGUGGCUAUGCUAGUUGUACACAGUGUUGGAUGUCAGUCCGCAGAUAAAAUGUUACAUCUUAUCAGAAUAUGAUUGAUUUCAAUACUGCAGUCGUCUUGAUGUAAAUUGAGUGCAAAUAGAUAGUGGAUAUUUUUUCCUGUGUAUAAUUGACCGGACUGGCAGGAGGAAUCACAGAAGACCAUUGUGAAGCAUGUUGACAACGAGCACAUUGUUAUAAACGUGAAGAGUAAUACAUGUCUCAACAAUACAAUAUAGUACAAUACAUGUCUACAAUGUAGUCAUGUAUUGGUUUAGUGCACAGAUGUUGGCAACUAAGAAUUCUGCUUUCAGUAUGAAUGAUAACAUAGCACAGUAUGACUUUUUUACUGCUUAAGGAAUUUGUAGCAAUACCUCUUGCUUAUGAAUUAUGUUUUCCUUGUUUUUAUCUUAUUCUAUAAGAUUGUUAUAAAUUUGAAGACAAAUCAAGGAGAUUAAACCUCCUUGGACAGGUUAUUUUAUGUAUACGUAGCCUAACUAUAGUCAGUCUUAUGUUCCUACUAACAUUUGCCUUUAAAUGCAGCCAUAAUGUUGCUGCAUACCAAGAAGAGGUCAUAUGAGAAGCAUAUACAUGUAGCAAAAUACUGCAAAUCUAACCAGUAGCUCUGUAAUCAUUGUUAAUUGCUGUGCUUGUUGCUGCUAUCCAUAUCCAUGUCUUUACAUUCCAUUGCCCACACCUGAACAGGAUGGGAGGUAACAGCAUUUAA